AUGAGUAGUAAGUUCUACAGAAUACCAGGAAGUCAUAGGCCGUCAUCAACAAUAGAUGAAUCGUCUUCGUUAUUAUCCGGAAGUAGGGAUAAUGAAACAUAUUUUAGUUAUAGAGCUACCCCUUUAGGACAAAAAAUAUCGUCGCGAUAUGAUCCAAAUAAUCCAAAUAAGAAUAAAUUAGGAACUUACGAUGGUGUAUUUGUGCCGACAGCAUUGAAUGUGCUUUCGAUUCUGAUGUUUUUAAGAUUUGGGUUUAUCCUUGGUCAAUUGGGUAUCAUUUGUACAAUUGGUUUACUGUUACUAAGUUAUUUAAUCAAUUUAUUAACUACUCUCAGUAUAUCGGCUAUUUCUACAAAUGGUACAGUUAGAGGUGGUGGUGCUUAUUACAUGAUUUCAAGAUGUUUAGGGCCAGAAUUUGGUGGAUCAAUCGGAUUGGUUUUCUUUUUAGGGCAAGUUUUCAAUAGUGGUAUGAACGCAAUCGGUAUUGUUGAACCAAUAUUAUAUAACUUAGGACAAGAUAUUAAAGAUGAACCAUCGGCAGCAUUAUUUGCAUUAUUACCAAGGGGCGAACUAUAUGUAUUCAUGUAUGCUACUAUUAUUCUCUUCAUUUGUUUUGGUGUUGCAUUUGUUGGAUCUCAAACCGUAUCAAGAGCUGGUAAUGUUCUAUUUAUUAUUCUUGCAGUUUCAAUAAUAUCCAUCCCUAUAUCAGUGAUAUUCAAAGCACCAUUCAACGAAGGUAAAAUCAUCUAUAGUGGUCCCUCUUGGGAAACAUUUUAUGGGAAUUUGAUGCCUCAUUUCACGAAGGGUGCAGCAGGAUCCCUUUUAAAGAAAAAGGAAACUUUUAGUAAUUUAUUUGGUGUAUUUUUCCCAGCUACAGCUGGUAUUUUUGCUGGUGCUGGUAUGUCCAGUGAAUUGCGUAAACCAUCAAAAUCUAUCCCUAAAGGUACUUUAUGGGGGUUAAUAUUUACUUUUCUAUGUUACACGGUUGUUGUCCUAGCAAUGAGUUGUUCAAUUCCAAGAGAAACAUUAUAUGCUGAGGUUCAGGUGAUUCAAUCUGUUAGUGGUGUCCAAUGGAUUAUUUUCUUAGGGGAGUUGUCGACAUCUUUAUUUUCUAUUAUUGUUGGUAUGGUUGGGGCAGCUUAUGUACUUGAGGCUAUUUCAAUGGAUAAUGUCCUGCCUGGUCUUUCUAUAUUUUGUAGAAGACCUGUCUAUUCGUUAAUAUUUACAUGGAUAUUGACUCAAUUAUGUUUAUUAUCUGAUGUCAAUAAGAUAGCUUCGUUCAUCACAUUAACAUUCCUAAUAACCUUUAUUGUUAUGAAUCUUGCAUGUUUCUUACUAGAGGUUGCAGCUGCACCAAAUUUUAGACCAUCCUUCAAAUAUUUUGACCGUUAUACUGCUUUAAGUGGUGCAGUUCUGUCCACUGUGGCUAUGAUUGUUGUUGAUGGUGUAACUGCAUCAGCCAUACUUUUAUCUAUGAGUCUUUUAUUUUUAAUUAUUCAUUAUUUUUGUCCUCCAAAACCGUGGGGAGAUGUCUCACAAAGUUUAAUAUAUCAUCAAGUGAGAAAAUACUUACUGAGGUUACGUCAAGACAAUAUCAAAUAUUGGAGACCUCAAGUCCUAUUAUUUGUUGAUAACCCAAGAACUAGUUGGAAUCUGAUCAGAUUUUGUAACAGUUUAAAGAAAGGUGGACUUUAUGUCUUGGGUCAUGUAACAGUUACAAACGAUUUUCAAACUCAAUAUACUGAAUUGAAGAAACAGAAACAUGCUUGGGAAAAGAUAAGAGAUAUGUCAAAAAUCAAAGCAUUUGUUCAAGUAGCUACAGGUCCAAGUUUAUUAUGGGGGAUCAGAAACGUUUAUCUCGGUUCUGGUUUGGGUGGUAUGAAACCAAAUAUAUCAGUCAUUGGGUUCUUCGAUUUGGAAUCCUUCCGUCAUCAUGAUGCUCUACGUGAAGAACCGCAAUUAACUGCUACUAAAGAUGUCACUAAACAGGCAGUUUGUGUUAAUAUUCCAAUGGGAGCACUUCCUUUACCCACCGACAUGUUUAAAAAUGAGGAAAAGGUGAGAAUAACUCAAUGGGUUGAAGUUAUUGAAGAUUUAUCAUUAAUGCAAUCAAAUAUAGCUGUAGCAUAUGGUUUCAGAAAAUUAGAACUUCCGGAGAAGGGUAAAACUUUUAUUGGCAAAAAACAAGUAAUUGAUCUUUAUCCAAUUCAGAUGUCAGCCACAAUGAAUACAGACCCAGGUAAACCAUCUAUUAUAACUUCUAAUUUUGAUACAUAUACGUUAAUCUUACAACUCGGCGCAAUUCUAAUUACUGUGCCUGAAUGGAGAGAUACUCAUGAACUUCGUGUAAUAUUAUUUGUUGAGAACGAUUAUGAAAGAAUAUCUGAGAAUGAAAGAAUGGUAAAAUUACUACAGGUCUUGAGAAUAGAGGCGACAGUUCUGGUUGUAUCAUUGGAUCAAUUUAGAGUGUAUAACACAAUUGUGAAGGGUAAUCCGAUAGCAAUGAAGUAUGUUAAUGAAGAAUUAAAGGAUAAUACCUGGUGGAAGGAUCUUAUCGAAGCAAGAGAAACAUUACAGCCAAAAAGACGUUUUUCGACUACAAUGCCAAGUCAAGGUCAAGACAACCAAUUUACAAGUGGUAUAAAUGUUAAAAAGACUAGAAAAUAUAGCACAUCGAAAAUUCAAAAAUUAGGGGUUUCAUUAAAGAUGGAAUCAAAUAUGCCAAAAGGUGUUAUACAGACACCAAUAAUGAGUGAUGAUUCAGGAAAUGAAACUGACUCAAUGAAAGAUUCUCAUCUAUCUAUAGCAGAAGUUGCAAGGGAAAUGAAGCAUCAACAUGUCAAAAGAUUAGCAUCUUCCAUUAGUCAAUUUCAAAAGCAAUCUUCCUCUCAAAAUUUAAAACCUGUUUUCUCAAGUAAGGCCCUACCAAAUACUAAAGUGAUAGAAGAUAGCACAGGUGAUAAACCAUCGAUUGUUCCUAUUGAGGAUGAAGUAGACACAAUAAAAUCACCUCGAGAAAGUUUAUCCGGUAGAUCAAUUUUACCUGAGAUAUCUCCGUGUUGCUCAGAUAGUAGUUUGGUAGAGGCAAUGGAAAACCUAGGUUUUGGUGAUCUACCAAGUCGUGCACAGUAUCUUGUAUUAAAUGAUAUGAUGAUUCAACUCUCUAAGAAAUCGAAUCUAAUAUUUUCUACUUUACCAAUACCAGCGUUGGGUACCCAUGAGGAUUUGGACGAAAGUAUUGGAUAUGUAGAAGACAUUGACAUCUGGUUAAGGGAUCUUCCACCCACGAUGUUGAUUAAUUCACAAACUAUGACGGUCACUACAGCAUUAUAG